AUGGCGCCUAUCCGAUAUGGUCGUAUCUUAUGUUUGAAUCGUCGGCCUUUCGCUCGUCACCCGUCUCGAUCACUAUCUUCCCUCCCCUCCCGGAGCUGGGCAUACCCGCCUUUGGUCUCUGAUGUUGCCAAAGACGAGAUAACGAGGCUCGCGUCGAGUCCACGGCGUCCCUUGACUCUCACAGACCUUCUCAAACAUGGCCGUCCCCCGCUUUCGGAGGAGGCCCUCCUCGCAUCUGCGAAUUUCACACUCUCUUUACUUCCCACCCGACUAGCCUACCGGAUACAAGCUUUAAGGAAUCUACCAUUUAUUGUAGUGUCAAACCCGCACAUCUCUAAAAUUUAUAACAAUUACAUGCACUCACUUUCAACCCUGCUACCUUACCAACAACGUCAAAUUACAACGAUGGAAGAGGAAAUACAAUUUACGGAAGUAAUGGCUGACCUUGUCCAAACUCAUAUAAAUACCAUUCCAGUAUUGGCGCGGGGCUUUCUGGAAUGUAAGAAAUAUAUCAACACCGCGGAAGUGACCAAAUUCCUCGAAGAACACUUGCGUGCCCGAAUUGGAACUCGGCUGAUCGCUCAACAGCAUCUUGCGUUGCAUAUGGCUUCGCAACCCCCCGUUGAUGGUGCUAAACAGGGUUGGACUACGCCGCCAAACUACAUUGGAGUAAUUGAUACGGCUCUUCGUCCUGCUCAACUGAUUCGAACAUGCGAAGAAUUUGUAGCUGAAAUAUGUGAGCUAAAAUACGGCGUUCGGCCCUGCCUAGUGAUCGAUGGAGAACCGGAAGCUACUUUUGCGUACAUACCCGUUCACAUGGAAUAUAUCAUUACGGAGUUGUUAAAGAAUGCUUUUCGGGCCGUUGUAGAAUCUGGCAACGAGCGGGAGCCUGUGGAGAUCACCAUUGCUGCCGCCCCGGAUAUACCAAAAAGCCAUGUACAGGAAGACACCGAAGAAAACAAAGAAUUGUCUGAUGCUGAAGUGGAUUUCCGUAUUGGUAAAGACAUAGGGGGUUUGCCCAACAGAACUGAGCUGCUGGGGCAUCUCUGUUCCUCGACCCAAAGCAUCACCAUCCGCAUCCGCGAUCGAGGAGGUGGAGUACGCCCUGACCUCCUUCCCCAUAUAUGGUCGUACAAUUUUACUACAUAUAAGGAGGACGAUCUUCUUGGCGGUGACAAUGGGAAUAUCGACGCUCUAAAUGCUCUCUCUAGUAGCGGGACCAACACCAGUAGCAUAGCCGGCCUAGGUUAUGGACUACCCUUGAGCAGAGCCUAUGCAGAAUACUUCGGCGGUAGCAUUGCAGUGCAGAGCAUGUGGGGGUGGGGAACCGAUGUUUAUCUAACUCUACAGGGUGUGGGAAAGGUCGAAUAA